AUGACCCUUUACGGAUUCUCUUCUGCGGCACGACCCGACAUAAUCGCAGCCAUUGACGUAUUAUGCAGGCCUGACAAAAGAGUCGGCCGCGGUCUGAAGCGAGUUCAAGAAGUGCCCAUUAAACCCGUGGCGACGACCCUUGGUCUCCAACUCUAUCAAGUCGAUACAUUCAAGGGCUGGCAAUCAUCCAGUGUCUACGAUCUGAUCGUUACCGUCUCAUUCGGCCUGCUGGUCCCAGCAAGAAUUCUCGAUGCAGCUCGUUAUGGUGGCCUUAACGUCCAUCCAUCGCUGUUACCAGCGUUUCGUGGUCCAGCUCCCAUACAACGAGCCAUGCUAGAGAGGGCAGAGACGACUGGUGUGACGCUGCAGACUAUGCAUCCGACACGGUUUGAUCAUGGAGCCUUGCUCAGUCAAUCGCCAACACUGGCAUCUCCAUAUACUUUGCAUCUGGAUGAAGUCGUCGAGACGCUCGGCACUGCUGGUGCCAAGCUACUUGUUGAAGGGAUAUGCGACGGCUUGUUUAUACCUCCCGUGCAGCCACUGGAUGAUACUUUCGAGAGAGCUACGUACGCCGCCAAGAUUACGCCAGAGGAUCGGCAUAUCGACUGGCAGAAGUGGACGGGUGAAGAUCUCAUGGUACGGGAUAGAGUGCUAUCAAAUUUGUGGGACUCUAAAGACUCUCAAGGCAAACGACGUAUCUAUCAUGGUCCAUGGAGUGCCAUCAGCAAUCCAGCGUCAGGUGAACAGCCAGGGACAGCUUUGGCGCUGGAGGGUAAGGUUGGCUUCUACACUAUCGACAACAAGGUCAUGGUUCCAUCAUCCAUCACGAUCGAGGGAGAGCCGAAACGUGGUGGACACGCAAAACUGUAUAGAGCUCUACAGUUAUAG